AAGAAAAGUAGGGUUGUACACAAAACAAAUAAAAAAGGUGACAAAAUUGCAGAAAAAAAAGAAAAAAUCACUCCAGUUGUACGUACUCUGUCCUCCUCUGACUCCUACUACUUCUAGGGUUUCGUCAUAUUCUUCUGUGGUAAAUGAAAAAAUGGGCUAGAAUUGGUCAUAGCGCGGACAACUUCUUGAUUUCUCUCGCACAUACUUUGUCCCCAUUUUGGUAGGGUACUUCAAACAUUCAUGUACGCCUAUAAAUUGAUGCUAGAAUUGAGAGCAAUUUAUUUUUUGUACAAAGGUCUCAAGAUUCGCGAUAAUGGGUGCUCCUAAGCAAAAGUGGACAUCUGAAGAAGAAGCUGCUCUUAAAGCUGGCAUUGCCAAGCAUGGAGUAGGAAAAUGGAGUACCAUACUCAAAGAUCAAGAAUUUAGCAUAGUUUUGCGAUCACGUUCAAAUGUGGAUCUUAAGGAUAAAUGGAGAAAUUUGAAUUGCAUGGCAACUGGUUUUGGGUCUCGGCAUAGAGCAAAGCUUUCAUACAAAAGCAAUCAAGUGACUCCCAAGAUUGCUAAAGACCCCAUUGUUCCUAGUGCAGCGGCUGAGAAUGAUUUAGAAAUGCUUGAUGUGAUGCCUCUUUCCUCAUCUAUUGAAACACCACGGGAUGAUGGUUCCCAAAAGCAAAUUUCAAGGCUUGAUGAUCUUAUAUUGGAGGCCGUAAGUAAGCUGAAGGAACCUCGCGGAUCUAGUCGGCUUGCAAUUGCACAGUACAUAGAGGAGCAACACUCAGUACCUCAAGACUUCGAAAGGAUAUUAACUACAAAUUUGAAGCAUUUGACAGACAAUGGACGACUAAUUAAGGUGAAGCAUCAGUACAGGAUUGCACCAAGUUCAAUGUCUUCUGAUGCAGGGAAAGUUGGUUCCAUGUUUCUUCCAGAUGGAACAAAGAAUAAUCCGGCCAAAGUUAUCAGAAUUCUUACUAAAGCCGAAGUUGAUGCUGAGCUAGAGCAGAUGAAGAGCAUGACAGCACAAGAGGCAGCUGCAGCUGCUGCACAAGCAGUCGCAGAGGCAGAAGCUGCAAUUGCAGAGGCUGAGGCAGCAGCAAGGGAAGCAGAAGAGGCGGAAGCUGAGGCAGAAGCUGCUCAGUGUUUUGCUGAGGCUGCUAUGAAGGCAUUGAAAUGCAAUACUAUCCGAUGCUGGUAAAGUCAAUCCUUGAGUUUCGAGAAUCUGCAGAUGGUACCUCUUACUGCACUAGUGCUUAACCAUUAUGAGCAUGACUUUUGGAUCCAUUUUGCAUCCAGUCCAGAUUGCAGAUGAUCAAUUGCUCAUCUUUUACCGGAUCUCUGACCACCCCGUGUUCUGAUAAUGUUUUACUAGUUUUAGCCCUUUGCUUGAUUCCUUCUUUUUCCUGUUAUGUACCGCUAGCAUUUCCGAGAAAAUUUUCUGAAGCUUUUAGAGUUUGUAGAUGGCCGUUUUUGGAAUUUUAACAAAGCAAAUUGUCUGAAUUUGCAAAUUA